AAAAUCUCACUCUUUACAUUGUAGGUGGAGCCCAUCAUAUUGAAGAUGUAACUUAUUUAAAGUGAGUUACAAUAUAUGAAGUUUUCGAAAAUGUAUUCAACAUUUCACAAAAUUGUUUUUUCCAUUGUUAUUACCCUCAAAUAUAUCAGAAAUUCGACAUAGUUACAGUCAAAGAAAGAAAAUGACAUCGUCUAUUCUUAAUUUGCCCAUUACUAAGGUCUCCCAAUUAAUUAAGGACAAGAUUAUAAGUGUUCCAGAAUUGUGUUCUAUGUGCUUGAAAAGAAUAAAUCAAAUAAAGAAUUUAAAUGCAUUCAUAACUGUUACAAAAGAUAUUGCUUAUGAUCAAGCAGAGUUGGCACAAAGAAGAAAUUUAGAUGGUACAUCUUUAGGAAUUUUAGAUGGUAUUCCUGUGGCUUUUAAGGAUAACUGGAGCACUAAACAUAUUACGACAACAUGUGCUUCAAAGAUGUUGAGUAAUUAUUCUGCUCCCUAUAAUGCAACAGUUGUUCAAAAACUUUAUAAUCAAGGUUCAGUUAUAGUUGGUAAAACUAAUUUAGAUGAAUUUGCCAUGGGCUCAGCUACUAUUGACUCCUAUUUUGGUCCCGUUAAGAAUCCAUGGAGAUCAGGUUUGAAAUAUAAUCUGGAAAGGAGGUCAAAAUUAAUAAACAGUGCUUCAAAUUCUUGCAUGACCAGCAAUGACUUUAUACAAAUAAAUAAAGAACCACUUGAAAAUGAUGAUUUUUUUGUAUCUGGAGGUAGUUCUGGAGGAGGAGCUGUUGCAGUAGCUACUGGAGCCUGCUUUGGUGCUAUUGGCUCUGAUACUGGUGGUUCAACAAGAAAUCCAGCUGCAUUCUGUGGUGUUGUUGGUCUGAAACCUACCUAUGGAUUAAUUUCCAGACAUGGUUUAAUUCCAUUAUGCAAUUCUCUUGAUGUACCUGGAAUAUUAACUAGGACUGUAGAUGAUGCAGCUUUGUUUCUCAAUUAUCUUGCUGGGCAUGAUGUACAAGAUUCCACAACUGUCUUUAAAAGGUUUACACCAUUUACUAUCCCUGAUGACAUUGACAUCAAAGAGUUUCAUAUUGGAAUACCAAAGGAAUAUGAAUGCUCUGGAAUGUCUCCUGAAGUUAUAAAUACAUGGAAGACUGUUACUGAUGCUCUGGAAAAAGCUGGAGCCAAAAUAACAUCAGUAUCAUUGCCUCACACUAAAUAUUCAAUUGUUUGUUAUUCUGUUCUCUGUUGUUGUGAUGUGGCUUCAAAUUUUGCUCGUUAUGAUGGAAUAAGAUAUGGUCAUAGAGCAGAAGGCAAAUCAAUGUCUGAACACCAUUAUGCUCUGACAAGAAGAGAAGCAUUUGGGGAUGUUGUGCGGGAACGAAUUCUGGCUGGCAACUAUUUUUUACUUAAAAGAAAUUAUGAAAAAUAUUUCCUUCAAGCAGCAAAAGUUCGUAGACUUAUAUGCAAUGACUUUAAAGUUGUUUUUGAUAGUGGUGUUGAUUUACUAUUAACACCUGUGACAUUAACCGAAUCUAUUCCAUAUUCACAAUGGAUUCUAGUUGACAACAGGGAACACAAUGCUGUUGAUGACUUUUGUACCCAACCAAUUAAUAUGGCUGGCCUGCCAGCUGUUAGUAUACCAUGCUGCUUGUCAAGUAAUGGACUCCCUCUCAGUCUUCAACUCAUAGGCAGAGAAUUUCAUGAAAAACAAAUGCUGUAUGCUGCUAAAUGGAUUGAGCAACUCAUGGACUUUCCAUUACUCCAUUUAAAAUACUAACUUUUCAAAUUAUGAAGCAACCAUCAUUAUUAAAUUAAAUAAAUCAUGUUUUUGACUUUACUACAUAA